AUGUCUUCUAGAAUCGAGGAAAACAAAUACGAAAUCAUGGAUUGCCGGGGAAAUGAAAUCAAAGAAAAUACACUCCAAAUCCAACAAAUCCUAGCCUCUGGUGUCAUCACUCAAAAAGAAGACUAUACGGUCAGAACUUGCAGGAGAUUGAUCGAAUUUUCGAAUGGUCAACUCGCUUGCCAUAAGUAUUACUUAGCGUGA